AUGAGCCCAACCGCCGCCGCUACACAAAGCCCAACUGCUCUCGCCGACGCCGCCGCUCAACUGCCGACCCCGAGCCUCGCGCUCCUCGGACGCGCCCCCCACGUCGUCGUGGACCCCACGCCGCCGCCGCCGAUGCCCAUUGCCCCGCGCUCCGACUGUGAGGUCCUCUCACCGCCCUACAGGGCGGAGGGUCACCGAGGAGUGCUGCCCCGCAUGGGAGCGGGGACAGCAGACUGCUGGGGCUCCUCGCGGGCGCGCAUCCCGCAGGACCUGGCUCCCGUCACCCUCCGUCACCUCCUGGCCCCAGCACCGCCUCAGCUUAGGACGCUGUCGUGGGUAUGGGGGGACCCUCCUUCCUCCGGCGCCGAGAACGCAGCAGACUCGAGACCUGUGCUGUUGACCUGGUCUUAA